AUGUCGGACGUCCCCUUGUACAACUGGAGCCCCGGAGCCCAGCCUCACUACAUCACCACCGUCGCCGCCGCUGACGCCGUCAUUGCCCGCCAUCUCGAGCACUACGUUGGCCAUGUUGGCUUCGACCUCGAAUGGAAGCCCUCUUUUGUUCGCGGCGCCCGCGAGAAUCCAGUCGCCCUCGUCCAGAUCGCUACAGAGACCGAGGUCUUUCUCUUCCAGCUCUCUGCUAUGUCUACCGUACCAUCUUCCUUACAACGCUUCCUGGAGAAGAACUCAGUCCUCAAGGUGGGCGUCGGUAUCCAACACGACGUCAAAAAGCUUUUUGAUGACUAUAGAUUCUCAGUCCUAUCUUGCGUAGACCUUAGCAUGUUUGCACGGCUCGUCUCUACCUAUCUUGGCUAUACGCUUUCCAAAGGUCAUAUCACGAGGAGCAACUGGGAGGCCUACCCACUCUCUUCAGCACAAAUACGAUACGCCGCCAAUGAUGCGCACGCAGGUUAUGCAGUUUAUUCCCACCUUUGCACCCUAGAUCUUGAACGAGAAUCUCCUGUCAAGCAGUCAUACUACUCUUUUCAUGCCAUUCGCGGACGUCUGUACCAUAUUCCAGACCAAGUCCCUUCAUCCCAUGAUGACCUCUGGGGGCUCAGUGCCACCUCGCGCCUCGUUGAAUGGUUUCCUAGAAAUCCGGAAUAUGAUCCCGGCCCCCCUCCCCCUCCUAAGGAACCUAAAACUCCGGAAGGACAUCCGGGUUCACCAAAGGAUGCCGCCGCAGAGCCUCCCCAAGAUUCCUCUUCUUCACGAGACAAAGGUAAGCGUAAAGGAACGCGUACUAGGUAUCGCCCUCGUCGCUCUGCCUCGCUUCUGGUGUAG